AAUAAGAGCACUCAUUUCUGCCCUAGAUUUUGAUAUUUUUCCUUGUGUCCUAAUUUUGAUGUUUCUACUUUCCAUCUUUUUGCCCUAAUUUAUCAAAUCAUUUUUGCUCUAAGCCUAAUUUUCCAUCGUCGCAUAAGUCUAUGAGAUCCGUUGCAGAGAAGAAUUUAGGAUCGACCGAAAGCAGAUAGGAUUGAAACAACCUGAACUCGAAACACCUGGGAGAUCAAGUUCCUUUGCGGGGGUUACCAAAGGGGGGCCUACAAGUAAUGGAUCCAGGACGCUAUGUUCUUCCUCCUCAAGGAUGGGAAACUAACAGCGUAAUUGUGGUUUUCUCCUUAAUCACCUAUGCAGGAUGAUAAACAAGAAUUGUCGCUCUUGUGAUUGUUCUAAAUGUUUACUGGCAACAUCGUUUAAACACAUGAUCAAGAAAAGCCCAUGGCCAGUGACGAUAUGGACUGGAUUUGUCUACCCCUUCAUUGAUUAUGAGUCACUGACUUGAGUUAUUCUUUUUAAUGCACAGGCUUUGGAGGGGUAUGGUUCUGUCCACGAGCCGGAUUUCAGGUGAGUACCCCAAACCCGAUAUCAUAUUCACUAGUGUUCUAGGAGUACGUUACAUGGAAUAUUCUCAUGUCUAUGCUUAAAACAUAUUAUCUGGCUUUUGAUUGCUCAAUUCAGUUCCUAAUUUUAGUUUGAUUGUGUAACUGUAUCUCAUUCACCCCCUUUACUUCUCCAAUGAAUGAAUAUUGUUCUUUCGUUUUUGUUCAAAUUGUUGUGGUAUCGAACUCUAUUGGGUAUUUGAUUUGCGUGCCUUCAUACUUUGUUUAUUUUCUGCCUCAUUGCACAAUUAUCUUCUCUUUAUUCCUUCCGCUCACCUGUUUCGAUAGGGUUGGUGGUUCUUAUGGGGGGAGGAGAUUUCCUGAUGAUGGUUACUCAAGAGAUGCCCUCUAUCCGAAUGGUGGCUUUCAUCGAGACAUACUUGAGAGGGAUAGCUACCCACCUCCACCUCCACCUCCUGUUGUUGGUGGUUGGCCUCCACAGAGAAGAAGAGAUUUUGAAGAAGAUAUUGGAUACAUUAGGGACCCUCGAAGGCAUGAAAAGGCACCAUACCUUGAUUCGUUCCGUGAUGUCGAUGCUUACCGUGAUGUGGACAAGUACCGUGACAUCGAUUCAUACCAUGAUGCUGAUAAAUACCAGGACAUUGAGAGCUACCACAGUAAUUAUCGGGAUACCGAUGGCUACCGUGAUUAUGAUUUUGAUAGGCCUGCGAGGUUUGGGGGCCGUGAACGUGAUGAUUUUGGUUCUGAUGAUUAUGACUCUAGGCACCGUACCCCACACCAAGCCAGGGACGGUAGUCGUGAAAGGGAUUAUGAUUACCGAAGGCAUGAAUAUGAUUCUGAUCUUGAGAGAGAUGGGAGAAACAGUAGCUGGAGACGUCGUGAUCGUGAAAGAGAUAGAAGGGGUUUGAGUCGAGAGAGGUAUCAAAGCCCACCAAGGAGGCAGCGUGAGCGGUCUCGGUCUUAUGGGUAUGAUGAUCGAGAUAGGUCAAGAUCUCCUCGUGGCCGCAGCCGUGGUAGAAGUUAUCGAGAAGGAAGCCAUGAUGAUGGUCGCUAUGAUAGGAGUGAGAGACGAAGGGAUCGGGAUGAUAGACGACAUCAUGAGAAUUUGUCAGUGGCUCCCUCAGCCACGCUUGUUGUGAAGGGUUUAUCACAGAAGACAACAGAGGAAGAUUUGUAUCAAAUUCUUGCUGAGUGGGGACCUCUGCGUCAUGUACGUAUAAUUAAAGAGAGGAAUUCGGGUUUAUCUCGUGGAUUUGCUUUUAUUGAUUUUCCAUCUGUGGAAGCGGCACGUAGCAUGAUGGAUGGAGUUGGAGAUGAUGGUUUGGUUGUUGAUGGUAGGAGACUCUUUUUUGAGUACAGUAGUAAGCCAACUGGAAGCACAGGUGGACAUUCUUCUCCGAAGGCAGGAAAUUAUAAAAGCAGCUCUAUGCCAUCUGAUUGGAUGUGUGUUGUCUGUGGCUGUGUGAAUUUUGCUCGUCGAACGUCCUGUUUUCAGUGUAAUGAACCCAGGACUGAUGAUGCUCCUGCAGCUGAUGUAGCAUCAUCCAAUCCCACACCAGUAGGAAAGAAGGGUUCAGAGGCUGGACCUACACAUGUGUUAGUUGUUCGAGGCUUGGAUGAAAAUGCUGAUGAGGAAAUGCUUCGAUAUGAAUUCUCUAAACAUGCUCCAAUUAAGGACCUUCGCCUUGUACGUGACAAGUUCACCCAUGUAUCCAGGGGAUUUGCUUUUGUUCAUUUUCAUUCGGUAGAUGAUGCUACAAAGGCAUUGGAAGCAACAAAUGGCACAACACUCGAAAAGAAUGGGCAGCUUUUAAGAGUCGCAUAUGCAAAAAGCAUUCAUGGACCAGGUUCUGGAUCAGCUGCUGGUUCUCAAUCAAGCAGUCUUGCAGCUGCUGCAAUUGAGGCAGCUACAUUUGCCCAACAGUAUGAUGCUGUUGGAUGGGCUCCAAAAGAAUACAAUCCGGAUGAAAAGCAAUCUGCCGGGGGAGGACCUGAUAAACAGGCUGAGGGACAUGCAGAAGGUGGGAACUCAACCCCCCGAAUGCCUGAAGGUGGAUCAGCUCCCCAAUCUGGUUUCGUAUGGGAUGAAGCAUCUGGCUAUUACUAUGAUGCAGCUUCAGGAUUCUACUAUGAUGGGAACACAGGCCUCUAUUAUGAUGGCAAUAAUGGGUUGUGGUAUUCAUAUGAUAACCAAACGCAACAAUACAUCCCCUGUGCCAACCAGAGUGAAAACAAGGCAUCUGAAAAAUCCACAACUGAACCGUCAAAGCCAUCAGACCGAAAAGUUGUUAUAUCUGCCCCUGCUGCUACCAUAACUUCAAAUGACAACAAAAAAGCCUCAUUACCUGAUGCAGUGCACGCUGCUGCAACAGCUGCACUGGCUGCUGAAAAGAAAGAGAAGGAGAAGCAAAAGGAGAUAAAGUUGGCUUCAAAGAGUAGCAUUUUAGCUAAUAAGAAGAAAAUGAAUAAUGUAUUGUCGAUGUGGAAGCAACGGAACCACGAGGGUCAAGCAGCUCGUGUAGUCCUUGAUAAUGACCAAUCAUCAACCAAUGAUAACAAGCCCAAGCCCAAGCCUGAAACCAUAAAGGAGGGCACAGGAUCAGGUCCUGGAUUCACAUCUGUGGGCCGAGGGUCAAACAUUAAUAAUAAUGCAGCCAAUUCUAGUGCUACAGGAGAUUUAUCAGCGAAGCCUGUACCUGUGAGUAAUAGCUCAGGGGGCACCUUGAUGGGGGUUAUCAGGGGCUCAGGUAGAGGAGUAGUGAAGUCAGAUACAGUAUAUAUAGCCGGUUCUUCUUCUUCUCCUAGUGUUGGUGGAGUUUCUACUCCAAAUCGUUCUAUUGACAAUGAAGUGCCUACUACUACUAAUGUGGCAACUCCAUUUAGAACUGAUGCUUCGGCUUUGGGUUCUUAUGCUCCAAUUGUUGGAGGGAACACAAAGCGAAGGUUUUCGGAGAUGCCUCAGCCUGGGACUAGAGAACAAGGACAGCCUACAGUUACGGGGUAUAGGGAUCGGGCUGCAGAGAGGAGGAGCCUAUAUGGGUCGUCCUUGGGAACGGUGGAUGAUUUGGCUGACCUUGAUAUUGGAGAUAGAAGUCGUGAGAUGCCAUUCCCUCCUGGUGUGGGAGGGCGGCCGGCUGCCAUGCCUGAGGGCCCGAGUUAUGAUGUGAUCACAGCAGAUAGGGCCAUUGAUGGCACCAAUGUGGGCAAACGCAUGUUGCGAAACAUGGGCUGGCAAGAGGGUUCGGGAUUAGGGAAGGAUGGGAGUGGGAUAAUAGAGCCAGUCCAGGCUCAGGGUACGGGUGAAAGAGCCGGGCUCGGCAGCCAACAAAGGAAGCCUCUUGACCCACGCUUCGAGCCUCAGUCCGGGGACACGUAUCGAACUGUGAUCCAGAAGAAGGCUAUUGCAAGGUUCAGGGAGAUGUCCUAGAAAUGAACCUUCUCCUGCUAUUGGGGUUUGAUUUUAUAAUGAUACUGAGUUAUUGGAUGGUCUGGAUUUGGUCCUGUGGCAUUUACAGAUUGAAUCUGGAGCGUUAAAAGCAUUGAAAUUGGCAUUAUGGACUGAAGUGUAUUUGCUGAGAGGCUUGUCUGUUCAAGUGAGUGUUUGUUCCAGUGUUCAUCCGAUCAUUCUCAGGUCAUAUUGUAAUUAAUUUUAGAUUAGAUUUAACUUGUAUCCUCAAAGAAUUAUGUUUUUUCUCCGUAUAAUUUAGUGAAAUAAUGAUUGUGCUUUAUCUUUGAAAAA